GCUCGAAAGGGGAGACAAACUAGCUGUCCUUUGGUCUCCUCAGCUCAGACAAAAUGACUCGGGAUUAUUUUGGCUUCUCUUUAAUGCAUCCAAGAAAUGCAGCAGACAAUGGCACCAAUGUUGUAUACGCUGUCAACAACCCAGCAGACAUAUCAGUCAUUGUGUUGUACUUCCUUCUGGUCCUGGCUGUCGGAAUAUGGGCCAUGGUCCGUACCAACCGGUCGACGGUGGGGGGGUUCUUCCUGGCAGGGAGGAGUAUGGUGUGGUGGCCGAUUGGCGCAUCUCUCUUUGCCAGCAACAUUGGCAGCGGGCAUUUUGUGGGCAUCGCUGGAACAGCAGCCGCUUCAGGCAUCGCCAUAGGAGGGUUUGAGUGGAAUGCCCUUGUGGUGGUGGUCAUUCUCGGCUGGCUGUUCGUACCCAUCUACAUCAAAGCAGGGGUGGUGACCAUGCCAGAGUACCUGAAGAAGAGGUUUGGAGGACAGCGCAUUCGCGUCUACCUGUCUGUGCUCUCUCUCUUCCUUUACGUGUUCACCAAGAUCUCAGCAGACAUGUUUUCUGGUGCCAUCUUUAUCAACCUGGCUCUGGGACUGAAUAUUUACCUGGCUGUGAUUCUACUGCUAUUGAUCACUGCUCUGUAUACAGUCACAGGUGGACUGGCUGCGGUGAUCUACACAGACACCUUGCAGACCGUCAUCAUGGUGGUGGGGUCGUUCGUCCUCAUGGGCUUUGCUUUCAACGAGGUGGGAGACUACACGACCUUCCAGACCAAGUACAUGGAAGCCAUCCCCACCUUCAUCGGAGUGAACAUCAGCGAGAAGUGCUACACGCCUCGACCAGACUCCUUCCACAUCUUCAGGGACGCCAUCACGGGAGACCUGCCCUGGCCCGGCCUGGUGUUCGGACUCACCAUCCAGGCCACGUGGUACUGGUGCACAGACCAGGUUAUUGUCCAGCGUUGUCUCUCGGCGAAGAACCUUUCUCACAUGAAGGCCGGCUGUAUCCUGUGUGGCUACCUGAAACUCCUCCCCAUGUUCCUCAUGGUCUUCCCUGGCAUGAUGAGCAGGAUCCUCUACACAAAUGAAGUGGCGUGUGUGGACCCAGAGGCGUGUCAGAAGUUCUGCGGCGCGAGCGUAGGCUGCACCAACAUCGCCUAUCCCAAACUCGUGGUCGACCUGAUGCCAAACGGUCUGCGAGGCCUCAUGUUGUCGGUGAUGCUGGCCUCUCUGAUGAGCUCCCUCACCUCCAUCUUCAACAGCGCCAGCACCCUCUUCACCAUGGACAUCUACACCAAGAUACGCAAGUCGGCCACUGAGAAAGAGCUUAUGAUCGCUGGAAGGGUGUUCAUAAUCGCUCUUAUUGGGGUGAGCAUCGCGUGGAUCCCUGUGGUGCAGUCUGCCCAGAGCGGACAGCUGUUCGACUACAUCCAGUCCAUCACCAGCUACCUGACCCCGCCCAUCGCGGCCGUUUUCAUGCUCGCCAUCUUCUGCAAGCGCGUCAACGAGGCUGGUGCGUUCUACGGGCUUCUGAUUGGCCUGUGUAUCGGCCUGUCCCGGAUGAUCGCAGAGUUCGCCUACGGCACGGGGAGCUGCGCCAAUCCCAGCGUCUGUCCCACCAUCAUCUGCGGGGUGCACUACCUUUACUUCUCCAUCAUCCUGUUCUCCAUCUCCUGCAUCCUCAUCGUGUCCAUCUCCCUCAUGACCGAGCCCAUCGAGGACAAAUACCUCUAUCGCCUGUGUUGGAGCCUCAGGAACAACACAGAGAAGAGAGAGGACCUGGAAAAGGAAGACUGGAUCGACAACCAAGACUCCCUGGAUAUAGAGGAGCCCACGGAGGAACCCGGCCGCUGUAAGAAGCUCUUCCUGGGCUUCUGUGGCCUGGAGCAGAGCACGGCUCCCAGGCUCACCAAGGAGGAACAGGAGGAACUCCAGAAACAGCUCACAGACACCUCCGAGGUUCCUCUGUGGAGGAACGUGGUGAAUGCCAACGCCCUCAUCCUGCUGUGUGUGGCCGUCUUCCUGCACGGCUUCUACGGCUAAGGGUCUCCCUCGGGAAGGAACCUCAAGACUGGCCCCUGUGGUCCUAAGCUGUUUUAAGUUUGUGUCGGUGACCUAGCGUUGUGGCUGCUCGGCUCCUUAAACGGCUGGACUCAAACACUGCCUGGGAAGAGACUUUACGGGGGUGUUUCAAGGGUUUUGCUUUCAAGACUGAAGGGGUUGUGUACGUAGUGUAUAUGUGUGUGUAUGUGUGCAAAUUGCACUGACAUGUUGAAUGUUUUAUAAUUAGGAUUAUUUCUGCCAACGUAGGUAUAAAUAGAAGCGAGUGAUUGGAAUGUACCGUGUUAGCUUUGCAAAAAUGAUGAAAGCCUAAUAUAAUCAGAAUAAAGCUAUCUCUAUGGCAUUUUCUUCUAAUCUCGUCAUGGCAGUUUGGUCCUUCCAGAAUACAGAGGAUUUUUUGUUCUCACUUUACUAGUAAUGACAAUCAAACAUAUAAUCACGUACUGCCUUAUGUUAACAAGUCGUAUGCGACCAAAGUCCAUAUAGGUGCCAUAUCCUCAUUCCAUUCUCGUUUGUUAUGUAGUUGUUAAUUAGUGAUGUUUCAAGGAUGGAUUCAACUGCUGUAAAUUUCCUCAAAUCCUUCAUCUUCUGCAUCUGUCUUAUUACUGACCCCUGCUGGAUACAAGAGUACCUUGUGUGAAUGUAAAAUUACAUUUAGGCAAUUUAAUCGGAGUGGGUCAUGAUAUGCAUUGAUGACAGUAUUCAUAACAACCUGCGUAGCAUCACUGCAUUUCGUUACAAGUUUUGUUUUAUAAAAUGUAAAGAUUUUGUGUAAAACAAAAAUCCCAGUAGAAACAAACAAUGUUGGCAUUGAAGAUUAGUAGUUCAAGUAUCAUGUUCUGCUUUCAUAAAUUCCUCUCUCGCUCUA